AUGAUCUCUAAAGUACCAUAUAUCAAGCGCUCAAAAACAAUAACAUAUCUUAUCACACUCAACAUAUUGCUACAUUUUCCAAGCUUUGUUUUAGCGAAGGAUGAACAGUACUACUCAAGAAGAAAAAGUUGUAAACCCUCCACCAUCACUUGGGAGGAUUAUCACUGUGCUCAGCAUUGAUGGCGGUGGAGUUAGAGGCAUCAUACCGGCAGUCAUCCUUGCUUGUCUUGAAUCAAAACUCCAAGAACUCGACGGAACGGAUGCUAGGCUUGCAGACUACUUUGAUGUGGUUGCUGGAACUAGCACCGGGGGCCUUGUGACUGCGAUGCUCACGGCUCCGGACAAAGAUAACCGACCUUUAUUUGCGGCGAAGGAGAUUAAAGAUUUCUAUUUAGAGAACUGUCCUAAAAUAUUUCCUCAAAAAGGUUGUUGCAGUGGGAUUCUUUCUUGGGCGUUUAGUUUCACCAAGACGCUCAUGGGGCCAAAGUACAACGGCAAAUAUUUGCAUUCCAAAAUCCAACAACUGCUCGGGGAGACAAGGCUACAUCAAACCCUAACUAAUGUGGUUAUACCCGCUUUCGAUGUUAAUCUCCUCCAACCCACAAUCUUCUCAACGUUUCAGUCGAGAAGCAAUCCUCUCAAAAAUGCUCUUCUGUCCGACAUUUGCAUUAGCACCUCCGCAGCACCUACGUAUCUUCCUGCUCACUACUUCGAGACCAGAGACGCUCAAGGGACGGUCAGAAAAUUUCAUCUCGUUGAUGGAGGAGUUGCAGCCAAUAACCCGACAUUAACGGCUAUGAGCAUGGUGACAAAGGAGAUCUUCAAGCAAAACCAAGACUUCUUUCCCAUAAAGCCCAUGGAUUAUGGGAGAUUUGUAGUUCUUUCUCUGGGUACCGGUAGACCAAAAGAUGAAGGGAGAUACACAGCGAAAGAGGCAUCAAAAUGGGGUGUUUUUGGAUGGUUAUACAGUAAUGGGUAUACUCCUAUAAUUGAUAUGUUUAAUCAAGCAAGUGCCGAUAUGGUUGAUAUCCAUGCUUCCAUUCUUUUUCAAGCUCUCCAUUGUCAAAACAACUAUCUCCGCAUACAGGAUGAUACUUUGACCGGAGACACUUCAUCUGUGGACGUCUCAACUAAAGAGAACCUGUCAAAGCUUGCUGAGAUUGGCAACGAUCUCUUAAAGAAGCCAGUUUCAAGGGUGAACCUGGAGACUGGAAUUUCUGAGGCUGUUAACGGAGAGGGAACUAAUGAAGAGGAGCUCACGCGCUUUGCUAAACUCCUAUCCGACGAAAGAAGACUCAGGCAGUCAAAAACCACAGGGUGAUCGAUAAUUUGAGCAUCAAGUUCGCGAUAUAUAUAUGUUAUUAAUGCGCGCCAUCUUUUGUGGCGUGCCGUGAAUUUAUUAAUCUAUCGAUAUGUAAUAAUGUGAUCCUUUUGAGUGUUCAAAUAAUGAAGCAAAAGUUUGUCGCUUGAUUUCCUGGAAUAGAAUGAAAAAGAUGCACGAUGUGAUGUUUAUUUUGCUAAAUGUGAGUUGGAUGGGAUAGAUUGACCGCGAGU